ACGUGCACUGAGUGGACGACCAAAUUAGGAAGUCUAGCCCUCUCCGGAAGAGGCGAGCGAGUGCAGCGAGAGUCUGGGGCCGCCAUGAUUCUGUUGGAGAUCAAGAACCGUAUCAUAGAGGAGACCCUCCUCCACCGCUUCAACAGCCCAAAGCCGGAGAGCAUAGACAUUACAGUGGCAGAUUUUGACGGAGUCCUGUACCACAUUUCUAAUCCUGAUAGUGACAAGGGAAAGAUAAGAGUCAGCAUCUCCCUCAAGUUCUACUCAGACUUGAAGGCCCAUGGCGCAGAGGAGCUGAUCCAAAAAUUCUAUGGAGACUAUGCAGUCACACCAGAAGAUGGAUAUGACAUUUCCCUACAAUUCGACUACGAAAACCUCCCAGCUAAUAAGGAGGAGUGGGCAGAAAAGGCAGCUCUGCUAAAGUGCAAGUGUUUUGCGUCAGUCUUCCACAAGUACUUUCAGCUGCAGAGAGACGGGAAACAAGACGCAACUGCCAUCAUUCACUACCGCGACAGAGAAACAAUGUAUGUGUCGGCUCAGAAAGACAGGGUGACUGUUAUUUUCAGUACCAUCUUCACCGAUGACGACGACAUUAUCAUCGGGAAAGUCUUCAUGCAGGAGUUCAAGGAGGGCAGGAGAGGGAGUGGCACUGCUCCACAGGUCCUGUUCAGCCACGCCGAGCCCCCGGCCGAGCUGCAGGGAACAGACGCUCUCACGGGGCAAAACGUUGGCUACAUCACCUUCGUGUUGUUUCCAAGAUCAUUCAAGGACGAAGCGGCGGCCGACAAGACGGUGAAUCUGAUCCACACGUUCCGUGACUACCUCCACUACCACAUCAAGUGCUCCAAGGCCUACCUCCACUGCCGUAUGAGGGUCAGAACAGCUGCACUACUCAAGAUUCUAAACAGAGCCCGCCCUGAGAUCAAAACCACCGAGAAGAAGACAAUUUCGUAAGUUCAGCGCACUACUUCCAUCACGUUUGUGUUUCGCUCUUUUUCUUUCAAUUUCUCUUUCUUGUCUGUUUUCUAUUUCCCUCUUCACUUUCUUUGUUUUUUUGCAGGGGUCGUACCUUCGCCAGGAAAUAGUUCCGUUUGUUUUGGAGUGGUGACAUCAUUGUAAACUAUUAUAGUCUGCGAUAAUGAUAAUAAUUCACGAAUUUAGAACAUUUGGUAGUAGAGAAGUUGUUUCAAUAUAGGUAUCUUUUGUCUGUGUCACAAUUUUGAUUUUUACGACAA